GCUUCUUCUCCGAGCGCUGAGAGCCGGGCCGGACGGGCGCGCGCGCGCGCGGACUGUGCAGACAGGGCGCGCGCCGGACGCGGGCAGCUCGAGGGGUCCCGCGGGGCGGCUGGGGCAGCUGGACCGGACGGCUGACGAGCGGGCGCCGCGAUGGCAGAGGGCAGCGCCGUGUCCGAUCCUCAGCAUGCCGCGCGUCUGCUGCGAGCGCUCAGCUCUUUCCGCGAGGAGUCCCGCUUCUGCGACGCGCACCUGGUCCUCGACGGGGAGGAGAUCCCGGUGCAGAAGAACAUCCUGGCGGCGGCCAGCCCGUACAUCAGGACAAAGUUAAACUAUAACCCUCCAAAAGAUGAUGGAUCAACCUAUAAGAUUGAACUUGAAGGGAUAUCGGUAAUGGUUAUGAGAGAGAUCCUGGAUUACAUCUUCAGUGGGCAGAUCCGGCUGAGCGAAGACACAAUCCAAGAUGUUGUGCAGGCAGCGGACCUGCUCCUGCUGACGGAUCUGAAAACUCUGUGCUGUGAGUUUUUAGAAGGCUGCAUUGCCGCAGAAAACUGCAUCGGUAUCCGCGACUUUGCACUUCAUUACUGCCUGCACCACGUCCAUUACCUGGCCACGGAGUACCUGGAGACUCAUUUCCGAGACGUCAGCAGCACAGAAGAGUUCCUAGAACUCAGUCCACAGAAGCUUAAAGAAGUGAUUUCUCUGGAGAAGUUAAAUGUUGGCAAUGAAAGAUACGUGUUUGAAGCAGUGAUCCGAUGGAUAGCACACGAUACAGAGCUAAGAAAGGUCCACAUGAAGGACGUGAUGUCAGCGCUCUGGGUUUCAGGGUUAGACUCCAGCUACUUACGGGAACAGAUGCUGAACGAACCGUUGGUGCGAGAAAUCGUCAAGGAGUGCAGCAACAUACCGCUGAGUCAGCCGCAGCAGGGGGAGGCCAUGCUGGCGAACUUCAAGCCGCGGGGUUACUCCGAGUGCAUUGUGACUGUGGGUGGAGAAGAGAGAGUUUCCCGGAAACCAACAGCAGCGAUGCGAUGUAUGUGCCCUCUUUAUGACCCUAAUAGGCAGCUUUGGAUUGAACUGGCCCCUUUAAGCAUGCCAAGAAUUAACCACGGAGUUCUCUCAGCAGAGGGAUUCUUGUUUGUAUUUGGGGGCCAAGAUGAAAAUAAGCAGACCCUGAGCUCAGGAGAAAAAUACGACCCAGAUGCAAAUACGUGGACUGCAUUGCCGCCAAUGAAUGAGCCGCGGCAUAAUUUUGGAAUUGUGGAGAUAGAUGGAAUGCUGUACAUUUUAGGAGGAGAAGACGGUGAGAAAGAGCUGAUCUCCAUGGAGCGCUACGACAUUUAUUCUAAAACCUGGACAAAGCAACCUGACCUGACCAUGGUUAGAAAGAUUGGCUGCUAUGCAGCUAUGAAAAAGAAAAUCUAUGCCAUGGGCGGAGGAUCAUAUGGAAAACUCUUCGAAUCUGUGGAAUGUUACGACCCAAGGACCCAGCAGUGGACUGCUAUUUGUCCGCUAAAAGAGAGAAGAUUUGGAGCUGUGGCCUGUGGAGUUGCCAUGGAACUGUAUGUUUUUGGGGGAGUCAGAAGUCGUGAAGACAUCCAGGGCAGUGAGAUGGUCACUUGCAAGUCUGAAUUCUACCACGAUGAGUUUAAAAGGUGGAUCUACCUUAACGACCAGAAUUUAUGCAUCCCCGCCAGUUCUUCUUUUGUUUAUGGAGCUGUCCCCAUAGGAGCCAGCAUUUAUGUCAUCGGAGAUCUCGAUACAGGUACCAAUUACGACUACGUGCGUGAGUUUAAAAGAAGCACAGGGACGUGGCACCAUACCAAACCGCUCCUCCCGUCCGACCUCCGCCGCACCGGCUGUGCAGCCUUACGUAUUGCAAAUUGCAAGCUUUUCCGCCUGCAGCUCCAGCAAGGCCUAUUCCGUAUCCGUGUUCAUUCACCCUGAAGAGGCGGCAGAGCGGAGGCAGAGCUCCUGACCCAGCGCACCAUAACAUGGCUUUCUGCGAGGGGACCAGAGGUGGCAGCGUAUCUCCGGUGGUUUUACUGUAACGCUUAGAAGCCCGCGCUUCAGCUCCUCUCGGGGAGAACCCGCAACUGUCGCAAAAGCUCCCUUGGAGGAAUCCGUUCCUCCAGGGAGAUGUGUCUGCAGACAAACGGAGUAACUAUCCGGUAGAGGCAACGGGAAGUGGGAAUCGGGGUCAUGUAAAAUAUCGAAGUUGGCGUACUAAGGUGCAUUCUCCCGGAAGGGGACUCCCUUCCGAGCGACUGCUGUGUUCCAGUACCUGGCUUUGGGAAACAACAGAAAUCCGUAUAUGCAAAUCAACAUAUCCAAACACACCGAGACCGCGUUCCUGCUGCACUUGGAAGGAAGUAUCAUGCCUAACCCUGCCCGACAGAUUCAGGUUUGUGCCUAAGAUGUUAGGUUGGGCCAGGUGGUCUCCACUUACUACUAGUACUGUGUCCUAAGAAUCUUUUUUAAGCUAUAUUAUCAUGAAUUGAAACUAAGAUAAAAUUUCUCUCUCAUGACGUUCUAUCUUAGUAAUCUAAAGGCUCGAUAAAUUAAUGAGUCAGGUUGCAGCCCUCGUGCGCGUUUAAAGGCAGUUGCUAGCUUCUGUGUUGACUUAGAUAACGUCGUGCCAUAAUUUCUGGGGUAGUUCUCUCGGAGCCGUGAAGGGUCUCGUGCCGUGCCGUUCGUUCUUCCUGUUCAAUUAACCAGAACCAUUUUGUAAACACGAGGACAUUAGCAGAGUAAGGGAUGUUACAGAAGAAAGACCCGAGUCAGACCAGUGACCAAGGUCUGCUUUGGCUACAAAAGCUGUCCAGACAAAAUAUAUAGGGAUCAAAAAAACUUUAAUCUGUCUGAAAGCACACAGAGUCUCGUUUACUACUGUUUCGGAUUGAAAACCUGUCUUAGAGCGCGAACCUGCAUUAAGAAUCUAGUCUUUGUAGCAGAAUCUUCUCGAUGCCGUUCACUAGCAAGAGUUUUAGACAAAUUGCGUUAUAAGUAAAGUUUGGCUGGUAGAAUAAAACUACCUCAACUUAAUUUCAUUCUGUUCAUAGUAGAGCGAAUUCAUCUCUUCUCUGCUUCUCCACUCCCCCACCUUCCCUUGUCUCCCCAUGCCGCCGCACUUCCCACCGCGGGGAGAAAAUCUGUCAUUAGUAGCACUUACCUUGUAAGAUACUUUGUUUUCCAUUCAAAUUAUGCCACCUUAGUGUGAGAUCAGGGACUUCCAAGUGCUUGAUUACGUCAUAAUUUGAAUUUUAUGUAAUAUCAGGUUUCUAAUCAAUUUAAUACAGAGCUCUUCAAUUUUAAUUGUUUUCUACAGUUUCCACCGCCCUCCGUAAAUGGCUGUAAGAAGCAGUAUUUUGUCUUAAUGAUUAAUAAAUGUAUAAAUGUA